CUUAUGUGAAUACUGAGGCUGAACACGUGUUUUAAGAUUCAUAUAGUAAUUUUGACUUUCUUUGCAACACGCAAAUAUGGGUAAACCGCAUGGUAUUCGUACUGCACGCAAAUAUAAAAAUCUGCGCCGAGAACAAAGGUGGAAUGAUAAAGACUAUAAAAAAGCCAACCUUGGAACGAGGUGGAAGGCCAAUCCAUUCAGUGGAGCUUCCCAUGCCAAAGGAAUUGUUUUAGAAAAAAUUGGGAUUGAAGCUAAGCAGCCAAAUUCAGCUAUUAGAAAGUGUGUAAGAGUUCAGUUAAUAAAAAAUGGCAAAAAGAUUACAGCAUUUGUACCUCGAGAUGGUUGUUUGAACAGCAUAGAAGAAAAUGAUGAAGUUCUAGUGUCAGGCUUUGGUCGCAAAGGCCAUGCUGUGGGAGAUAUUCCUGGAGUUCGCUUCAAGAUUGUAAAAGUAGCUAAUGUCGGUCUUUUGGCAUUAUAUAAAGAGAAAAAAGAGAGACCUAGAUCUUAAAACAACUUUUAAUUGUUGAUGAAUUAAAUGUAGUACACAAUUUUUAAUAAUUAAAAUAAAAAUUAUAAAAUCAUCUUAACUUA